UAUUUAAGUAGAAGUCCUGUUUGCAUUUUGAGGAAAGCUUUCAGAAACAUUCUAGGAGAGGAAGACAAGACAGGAUUAAGAAGCCUUAAGAAAAUUAAAACCCUUUCCCCAUAAUGAGUCGACCAGAGAUAUUUGAUUUUGAGGGUGUUUCCAUGACUCACUUUUUCACGGACAACUGGGAAAAGGUGAAAAACUUUCAAGCAAGACCUGAUGACAUUCUGAUCGCCACUUAUCCCAAAGCAGGUACCACAUGGGUUUCUUAUAUACUGGACCUUCUAUAUUUUGGUAAUGGUGAUCUAGAGCGUCAGACUUCCAAGGCCAUCUAUUUCAGAAUCCCAUGCCUGGAAGCACACUUUCCAGAGUUUUCAACAGUUACAGGGGCAGAAAGGGCUGAUAAUCUUCCCACCUCUCCUCGUCUCAUCAAAACACACUUACCUGUUCAGCUUGUGCCCAAGUCCUUCUGGGAGCAGAACUCAAGGGUGUGUGCGAAACCUGUUUGGAAAUAG